AUGAACUUGCUGCUGCUGCUUCCUCUCAGCCUGCUGCCGGCUGUCAUGGCAGAGCUCGACCCCCGACUCGUAGGCACCUGGACAACCAAGUCGCGGAAGGUCGUAACUGGCCCGGGCUUCUACGACCCGGUCAAGGACAGGCUGAUCGAGCCAUCGCAUACCGGCAUCUCCUACUCCUUCACCGAAGACGGCUACUUCGAGGAAGCCCACUACCGCGCCAUUGCAAACCCACGAAACCCGGAUUGUCCAAGCGGGAUGAUGCUGUUCCAGCAUGGGACUUACGACGUCAAGCCUAACGGGACGCUGGUCUUGAACGCCUAUGCCUUUGAGGACGACGGCCGUCAGUUGAUAUCAGACCCAUGCAAGGGAAAACGAGCAAGCUACUACAGAUACAACCAGAACGAGACAUUCAAGAGAUAUGAAGUCAUGCUUGAUGAAUUCCACAACAUACAGCGGCUCAACCUGUACACACACGACGGCUCGCCCAUGAACCGCAUGUUCCUCAUCUACAAGCCGCCCCAGAUGCUGCCGACCAAGCAUCUCAACCCCGUCGUCAAAGUCCCCCAACGACGAAAACGAGGCCUUCUAGAAAGCCAAUUCGACGCUUCACUCAACAAGAAUUCCAUGCUCUCACAGCUACCCAUGACCGCCAAUGCUGACCGCUGGUGGUGGGUGGGCGUCCUCAUGACCUCCAUCGGCGGGAUUGCGCUCAUCUACACCUAG